AUGGAACUCCUCUCCUUCGGGUUGGGAGGCGUCGGUUUCAUUCUCAUCGGGGCACACCAAGCCCUUCUUCACCUUUCCCCAUCCAAGCAAUCUCCAAUUUCCUUGUCUUCUUCUCCACCCAAUUCCCGAACCAACAAACCCUUAUUUUCGAUCUCCCUUGCAAUCUUCUCCGUAUUUUUUAUCAUCAACUCCACAGUAUCCCUUUUCGACGCACACAACUCAAACGACGCCGUUGGCACCGCACUUCAGCUUCAGGUCCUCCCCAUCGCGUUCAUCUUCCUCUUCUACUCCCUUCUCCCUCUCUUCUCUCUCCCUUCGCCAUUGCUUGGCCUAGUUGGCGUCUUCGCUUUCGCCGAAGAGUUUCUUCUCUUCUAUCUUCAGCGCAAGGACCCCUCUGGCGUCGAGAACCGUUACUACGACCUCUUGCUGGUUCCCAUCGCAAUAUGCGUUUUCUGCACGCUUCUCGAUUUGGGAUCGCCGCGCUCCAGUGUUCCCAAACUGGGCCGCGGCGUGGGUCUGAUUCUCCACGGAAUGUGGCUGCUCCAAAUGGGCCUCUCCCUCUUCUCAGGCUGGGUGGCCCAGGGAUGCUCUCUGCACCGAAUGAGCAGAGGGAACUACACGCUGAGGUGCAAGGGACACCCGGAGUAUCAUAGGGCCAGAGCCAUAGCCACGCUUCAGUUCAAUUGCCACCUCGCGCUCUUGGUGGUGGUUCUUGUUGGCUUCUUCUCCGUUGUUUCCGCUAGAAAUGGAGGAGGUCACCUUGAGUCUGUUUCCACGCGGUACGCCCCGCUUGGUGCUGAAAUGCAGACUUUGCAGGACUCGGCAAACUUCACUUUGGACUCUGAUGAAGAUGAUGAUAAUGAUGGUGAUGGCAAACGAGAGGUUGACCAUGUGGGUAGGAAGAAGGGAGUUGUUGUGGAACAUGCUGUCAAUGGUAAUGGGGUAAUGCCUCUCACCACUCAGUGA